AUGGAUUCCGGCAAGCUCGUUGAAUACUGCCUCCCAAAACUAACUGAUGCACUUCUUCUAUUCGCCGUCUCCCUAACUCUUCUCCAAUGCUGUCCACCGAAGAAAAACCCAGGACCACCACCACAAAUGAAAUACGAUGCGCGGUCUCCCACAAUAACCAAUUCCAGAAGUAGAAGUCACUCGGUCUCCCAGUCUCCCGGCAAGUCACCAAUGUCACCGAGCCCAUCAAAACGAUCGUCAGCGAGUAGAGCGAGUAAGAAGCAUCGGAAGUCUGCUGAGGAGGCGGAUAGAAAACAUAAGAAAAAGACAAAAAAGAAGAAGAAGUCAGCAGAGUCGGGGAAGAAGGAUGAGGGGUCGAGGAGAUCUUCGAGGAGAGGGUCGGUUGAGAAGGAUGCAGUGCUACCGGUUCAAUCAACUCAACCUUCCCUGGCAUCUUCUUCUGAUCCGGAUUCAGUUGGCACUGCGAGAAUCGAGAUGAUCACUUUCCCCAUCGCCGAGAGUCCUGCUAAGAAACCACCACCACCAAUCCCACAAUUCAAAAAAGCCAGCCAUGAACCAGCGUCGGCAGAGAAAAAGAGCAAAGAGUUUCCGGCUGUCAAGAAGGCAAGUCAAGAGAUUCUACCGGCUGCGGGACGACGACAAAGUAGAGAGACUAUGAGAGAUCCGUUUGCAGUUCAAAUGAAGCAGAGUAAGGAGUGUGAAAGGGCGAAUUCGACAUCGGGAGGUCGUGACGUGGCGAAGAAUUUCUGA